AUGGAAGAACUAUCAAAAUUAACGAAAAAACGUCUCAAACACCUUCUGAAAGACGACACUUACCUUUCGGACAUCCCUCCCGACAUCACAUCAGGCGAAUGCAAAAAUCUAAUCGCUCUUGCGUAUGGCCAGAGCAUCUCUUUGCUGCUGGAUCGUGGCCCUACCAACCCAAAAAUGAAGAUAAUUGUGCCAGCAGGAGAAAAAACGACAGUCGAACACGUGAAGAAAGCCAUUCGCACGCAAUUCACGUUAAAUCACUCGAGAACGGGAGAUGCCGGUCGCAAAAUAAUCCGCUGGAAGUACAUUUGGAAGACUUAUUGGCUGAAAUUUGAGGGUUCGCCACUAGAUGAUGACAGAAAAACUCUCGAGGAUCUCGGGAUUGGGCACGGAAGUGAACUAAAAUUUAUGAAACGAAGAAGAAUUAAGAAUUCUGACAAGAAAAAAAAGUAA